AUGGUCUCGCCCUCUGGCAAUGUGUUAUGGACACGCGAUCCCGAUGUCAUUCUGCAGCUGCAGACCCACCAUAGCGACUUUGUAGAACCUACUGACAUGUUUGUUAUGCUCGAUAUCUAUGGGCCUACCAUUACUGCAUCUGGGGGGGACGAACAAUUUACGUAUCGCAAGAUAGCCUCCUCGUUCGUGAACGAGAAUACUCACAACAUUGUAUGGACCGAAACCGUUUCGCAAGCGAAAUCAAUGUUAAGACACCGGGAUUAUAAAGGUGGCGUCGCGCCAGAUGUGGCUUCCAAUCCAAAUCGAUUUGCGCUUCAUUUUCCGAGCAAGGCGUUUUUCAACAGACCUGAGACUUGGCACAAUGUACUCACGAAGCCUCCUAGGCACAGGCUGUCAUAUCCAGAGGCCAUUAGUGUUGACUUCAAACGCAACAAUACGAUAUCCAUAACACCACGCCCAGUUUUGAAUAUGUUGAUCCUGUUCUCUUGCAUGUGUGUUCGAUGA